AUCCAAUACUCAGUGUUUUGCUUUGGGGACUAUUUGCACAGCUUGUAGUCCAGUGGUCCGUGGUUUUACGGGUGAGUGGAAGUUCCUUUACGCUAGCUUGACAUUGGAUGCUAUAAAUUAUCUUGCAAUGUUUUGACGUGAGACAGAUCUUUUAACGGAAUUUAUCAAUCUUAAUGGACAGCAUUUCGACGUUUUAAUACUAAUACGCAAACAAUAUAGUGUUGGUGCUGUCGGAUCCAAAGGUGAUUGGAAUCCUACCGAGAUAAAAUUAACUCUAGCAACAAAGUCACUUGACGAGAAUGUGAUUGUAUAUGAAUGCAGAUCUUAAAUCAAACCGCAGUGGGUAACAAACUUCAACAUUUGGUCGAUCGAUAACAUUUCGUGUUGGUCACAACUUGUAAAACCACGUAAAAGGCUUUCGCGGUCUUGUGACUGUGUUUGGUGACCUUUGAGAGACGCUAAAAUCUACAUUUCAGAGCCAAAUUCGUAGAAUAAGGAUGUUAUUAACGUGAUUAAUGUAAAUCAGUAAGCGAACAAGAAUCAAACAAGCAAAAUGGAUGGGAGAAAGAAAAAGAAUGAUCAGCUUUACAACUACAUGAAUCGACAGAGAGGAUUUUCAUUCUGUCAUCAUAAUUCCACAGUAUCAAAUCCUGUGGAGAACAACAACGAACUUCAGAUGAAGAAAUUGCCGUCCAUUAUGAUUCAGAAUGGAGAGCCUGACAGCCCUGUUCAAGAUGUUUCGACUAAUAUCUCCUAUGAUAGCACUUAUCUGAACCCCAGCAACACUCUAGACUCGGCCGUUGCACAAAAUAACUCACGGCUUUUGGAGAAACUUCUUACUUCGGCUGCUAACAUAUCGUUAGAAGGUCAAAACGCCAGUGGAGGAACACCGAUACACGAGGCAGCGUACCAAGGGAAAUUGUCCUGUCUGAGAGUGUUUUUGAAAUUCGGUGCUAAUGUCAACUUGCGUGAUCGUGAAGGUUGGACGCCGCUGCAUGCUGCAAUCUGCGGCGGAGAUGCUAAUUCUGUUCUUCUACUUUUAAAACACGGGGCAAGUAUUAACGCAACAGCGAAUGAUGGUAUUAAACCUAUUGAUAUGGCUAUACAGAGUGAAGAUGAAGAGAUUACUAAGGCUCUUUUACAAGCUGAUAGAACAUCUAUCGAGAAAGAUGGUCCUGCGCCUCUUGCCUCAGCAGAAGACCUCGAAUCUGAUUACAGCCUGUAGAGCUAACGUAUUUUAUAAAUAUUUUCAUAUAGAAAAAAUUCAAUCAAACAUUUUGGUUUGAGUGGGUGCUUCGACAAUCUACUGACACAGUUAAUUUACAUAAUAACACUGACUGAGAUAUAUUCAAAACAUACGUCCAAUAUCCAGCAGCAUUAUACUGGAUUAAUUCACUUCAUAUCGUUGGCAGCUUGGGUUUUUAUUUUACCAAGUGAAUAUAUGUUAAUCUCGUGGUGAAAAGGAUCUUUGUAGUCUUUGUAUAAACAUCACACGUGCAAAUCAUCGACCAAGUACAAAACACUACAAUACAUUAUCCCACGGACCAUUUACAAUAAACUAAAAGAGCUCUCGCUAUUUUGUAUAAAUAAAUUAUUUAAGAAUCAACGUAACAACGGCUUUUUUCAGUAAUUGGAAUUUCAAAUUCAUGUUUUUUCAAAUUAUUACAGAGGAUUGGGRAUUCAAUUUAUUUGUAUUAAAAAUAGAUGUGGUUUUAGUGGAAUCACGUGAAUUGUUUAUACAUGUUAUGUUUCACGUAUUCUUGCAUCAUUUCCUUACGAAAAACGACCAAGAUAUAUGACGCAUGUAAUGUCUCUACGUGUACAUGAAAAAUAUCAAGAAUGCAAAUUGCUAGUUUUGUAUAGCAAAUAUUGUACAGCAUUGUACCGUUCAUUCUAAACCAAAGGGAGAAAAAAAAAAUGGUUAAUGUCA